UCUGUAAACAACCUGGCAACAGAAAAGCUACCGAAAAAAAAACAACGCCUGGAAAAUAAUGUUGGUCCAUGAAAGGAUACAAUGUCUGUUUAGGUUUUGACGAAUGUAAUGGAAAGCGAAACAAACGUUUCAGAGAGAGACCCGCCGCAUCAUCCCUGGAGAAGUUUCAAGUUGAUGAUUGAUCCCACUCUGACAAAAGGACUGUACAAAGUGUACCGCUACGAUGGGCACUACUUUAACAUACCCGUUGACGACAUAGGCUUGUUUCCAGUGGAGUCUGUGAGGGAUCCACGCAUCUGCCGCCUGUGGAGCAAAUGCACCCAAACGAACCUUGCAGUUCCUAGAUAUAAGAUAGACGAGUACUACGUUGGGCCUAUUCUUCACAAAGAAGUGACAUUUUCCAGGUUGAAUGACAAUAUAAGCAAGGCCUUCCUGACUAAUAUGUGCAUGAAAUAUGGUCACACUGAAGAAGUGGAGAUUUUCUAUAACCCAAAGAACAAGAAACAUUUAGGCAUCGCGAAAGUUGUUUUUGAUACUGUGAGUGCUGCAAAGGACUCCGUUCAUCACCUCGAUCAGACAUCAGUGAUGGGCAACAUCAUUCACGUGGAAAUCGAUCCAAAAGGUGAAAACAGGGUGCGCUACCUACAGCUCCUCUAUAGCGGCUUCUACACUCCAUGGACCCUACCACUGGGCAACAGUGAGCAAAGUCUGCAAAACCUAAUUGACAAUUUACUGUGCAAUGCAGCCACACAGGGACAAGGGAGCCCAAACAGCAUUGCUUCCCCACUCUCUCUAGACACAGCAUAUUCCAGUAUGUGUCAGGAUACGCCUUGUAGCUUUGGGUUGACGCCUCGUUCGCAAGGAACCCCAGUCACUCCUUGCUUUACUGCGACUCCUCUCUCGCAGGACUCAUGCUACUCAAGUCUUCAGGGCACUCCAAUCUUCCAGGGGGAACCCUUGACUUACAGUAUUCACAAACCUUUGAGAAAAGAGCUCUAUUGUCGUAAAUUCUCAAGGUUUCAAGGGGGAUCUGGUGAAGUCUCUGAUGUAAAGUCUGUUUUAAAGAACUGCCAACCACAGCCUUCCCUCCCGCUGUUUACCCAAAGUAACAAGCAGCUUCUUCCACAAAGGACUACCAAUGGAAACACAUCUGGGCCCAAUGACAAAAAACAUUCCUUUCAAGUUAUAUCCUCUGCUCCAAAGUCCAGGAAUGGGGUUGACACUACCACAAAAGAUUUACCUAUAAACUCUUUGAGCAUCUUGAGCGUUGGCUUAGCAACCAACAAGAAGGCUGAAGUGACCUUCCCACCUGACACACAAGCCAGCAGGGCAGCGUUACUUCAGUCAUUUGACACUUGUAUAACCAGAAAUCCCCAACCAGAGGCAGAGACUUUGGACUCCCGCAUUCAAAGUUUGUUGACAAACAUCCAAAAUUCUGACAGUUUAUUUGGGAAUACCCUGAAGGCUGAUAUCUACUCUCAGGACAGUCCAACUUCACCCUGUUCACCCCAGAACUCCCCAUACUCUGGUUUGGAAGAUGUCAGUCCAGCACCGCUCUCUGAAGAUGAGGGAAUGUCCCAACCUGUGCUCUGUCUUUCAUCCCAAAGAGAUACAGAGGCUUCCUCUGCAUUUGAUUUGACAUAUUCUGAAGGACUGGAGGAUGUAAACAGAACAACACAUUCAGAGAGGUAUCUGGCAUCAUAUUCAAAGGAGCUUCACUCAUCAAAUAAAGGCGAAGUACAAUCAACGCAAUCUCUUCCUCAGGCUUCCUGCAACGCUCACCAAGCCAAACCAUCAUUUGGCAAUAAAUCUGGAGAGUUCUGUUCACCAUUUACACCUUUAUCUUUCUCCAUUCCGUCUUUACUCCCUGCGCCACCUCGCCUCCCAAAUGGCAUAAUUUCUAUUCCACCUCCAGCCUGGAUCCAACCUCCAGGUCAUCAUAAUGACAUCACACGUCCAGUCUCAAUUCCACCACCUUCUAGUUUCCUGGUACCCCCACCUCCUUUGAUGCUACCCUCUGUGCACACAUACCCCUUAUCCUUACAACCCGCAAGUACCAGGGGCAAUAUACCAAGGCUUGAAAGUGUACCCUUAACUCCUUGUCCACCAACCUGGACCGCUCCACCUUUCCCUUGUUUCAAUCCUUUGCUGCCCUCACCAGACUACCCUCACAUAACAGACAACCUUCAUAAAGUUACAGUUGAAAAAGUUUUAGAUGUGCUUGUAGAAGAACUGAAGUCAAUCCUCAAGAAGGACAUCACACGAAGAAUGAUUGAGGGUGUUGCAUUCAAAGCGUUUGAGUACUGGUGGGACAAUCAAGAGAAGAAAACAAAGCCACCAGUUUUGCCUUUGAUGGAUAAAAAAAACAAACUUAAAAAUAAUCUGAAUGACAUUAUGGGUGAGGGCAAAAAACCUCCACUCCCCUCAUUUAAGGUGAAGAAGAAAAAUGAAAACAACCCUGUAAUACCAGAAGCAAUUGAAAGUAACCACAUUGGUAUGACUGAAGGUGACAUUACGGUAAAGCCAACAUGUGAGAAGCGUAAACACAGACACGCAAGACCACUUGAGCUUGAUAGUGAUGAGGAUGAUAAUGAAGACAAAGAAUGUAAGACUCAUCAAGAGGAGGAAAGGGAAACUAUAUCAGACAAAGAGAAACUGACAGGGUCCACAGUUGAUAAUGUCCACUUUAUGUUUGGCACAAGAGAUCAUGUAGAAAAUGAAGACGAGAGAGAGAAAACGGAAAAACACAUGCAGGUUGAAGACUUGUGUCAGGCUUCUUGUGAAGUGAUGCACUCCAGCAGUGAGACGUAUUCAGAGUGCAGCUCUUCAGAGGACACCGACUGCUCGUCCAACUUGGACUCCUCCGACUCUUUUACCACAGAGAGCUAUGAGGAUUCCUCGUACACUGAGGAUGACGAUAUGGAAGAUAAUUUAAUGAACACUGAAGCUGAGGAAUGUAUUGUACUAUCGUCAGAUGAGGAGUCCAUGGAGCUUGACCCCCCUGUUACCCCUUCAACCCCCCUCACUCCCGGCGCUCAGCUGGAACUGACCCCAGAGGACUGGUCAGACAAUAGGGAGGAAGCAGAGGUGAACCACAGCAUGAGCCAACACGAUGUACCGGUAAUGAUGGAGCUGCAUAUCAACAAGCCUCAGGAGUUAGAGCCCCAGUUUCCUAUUGAUCUUCCAGCAGUUGACAUUGAACUUGAUGCAGAAUUCGAGCGCAAUGCAUGGACCUUGGGGUCUCCGAAGAACAUCAUGAGACCUCUCACUCCUACUGGCUGCUUGAUUGACAGUGACUCAGACCUGGUGAUCAGAAGCAAACCAACAUCUCCAGCUGUUGAGGAGGUAGAACGGCCACAAACCCCAGGCAAGGGGAUAGCAGCUCAAUUAGGAAGCGAAGAAUCGGCAGAUGAGCUCUUGCUAACCAACAGUGAGUUCCAUUUUUCACACUCUAUGUCACCAGCCCAGUUAUUCCAGGAAAGACCCAAAACCCCCGGUAGAGAAGACACAAGAUCGUGGACCUGUAACAAUAAAGUUAGGGCACCAGGGUCAGCAGGAUGCGAGGAAUUUGCACCAGAGGAUCCCAGUCAAACAUCCCCUCACCUAAGAAACCCAUUAACUAAUUCAUCACUGUUUAGCAAUCCAUUUUUAUCAGCACCAAAGACUCCUGGGAGAGAUUUUUUUAUACCACGGAGAGCAGUAGUGCACAGAAGAAAGACUCACACCUCACAAACCAUCUUAGAUGACAAAUUCCUUGGAACAUCAUCUCCAUGUGGCAUCUCGGAGUCUUCAUCUGAUGGCAGAGGAGUGCAAACAUGUUUAGGUGUGAGAGCGAUACCCCUGCAAGGACUGGAGAACAUGCCGGAUCUUCUCCUUGAGGGACGUUCAAGUGACACGACAGUGAGGCGAAAACAGUGGAAGAGACGAAAAAGGAGGUGGAGAAAGAGCCGCCGCAUUUUUCAUCGGUCUCCGAGGCAGCGUUCAGUGCGUGAGCAGAACAGGAUACUUCACAGUGUAUGGAAGGACGGCCUCGAUGAAGAGGAUGCAAAGCUGCUGCAGUGCACUUAUGAAAGAUUGCAAGAGGAAGAUGAUGGUCGCAGCUGGAUAAGUGACACCCUCUGGAUACCUCAUCCUUUGACUAAAGUUGUAGAAAAGAAUGAAGGACUACAAUUAUGGCAACAUAAACACAAAACCGGCUCAGCCCGCAGUGAAGGCUUCUACAAAAUCCACUGGAGGGAAAAACUUGAAUACCUCAGCAAAGCCAGAAGCAGUGAGCUUCCUUCUGCAGUCUCUCAGCAGGAACUUUUGACACAGCCCACCUCACUUCGCUCUGGAUCAGACUUCAGGUCGGAACAGCGUCGUCUGCUGUCAUCUUUCAGCUGCGAUAGUGACCUGGUCAAGUUUAACCAGCUGAAAUUCCGAAAGAAGAGGAUUCGCUUCACUCGAAGUCACAUCCACGAUUGGGGUCUGUUUGCCAUGGAGCAAAUAGCAGCUGAUGAAAUGGUGAUUGAAUACGUAGGCCAAAUUAUCAGACAGAACAUCGCUGACAUGAGAGAGCACAGAUACGAGGAGCAGGGCAUUGGCAGCAGCUAUUUGUUUCGGGUCGAUCAAGACACCAUUAUUGAUGCCACUAAAUGCGGGAAUUUAGCCAGAUUCAUCAACCACAGCUGUAAUCCCAAUUGCUAUGCAAAGAUCAUCACGGUAGAGUCUCAGAAGAAGAUAGUGAUUUACUCGCGACAGCCGAUACGCAUCAACGAAGAAAUAACGUACGAUUACAAGUUUCCCAUUGAAGACACAAAGAUUCCUUGUUUGUGUGGAGCUGAAAGCUGCCGGGGAUCUUUGAACUAAUAACAGCUGGAGAGGCCCUGCUUAUAUCUCAGAAAGGAACCUGUGCUGCCUGAGGUACUGUUUAAAAUAAACACAGACACUGAAGAUUUACCUUUUUAAUCAUAUUCAGA